UCCGGAUUGGUUCGGCCGCCUAAUCCAAUCGAGGGACGGUUUGUUCUGGGGGGAGGAUUUGGUGUGCUGAAACAGGCCAUAUUGGAUGUGUUGUUAGGACCACAAGCCCUUCUGGGGCUGCUUGCCGGCCUUGAGCCUGGAAGCAGGCCUGGAGCUGCUCUCCACGAUGGCAGAGCAAGGGGAGGAGACGCUGGUGUACGUGGAGCACCGCUAUGUCUGCUCAGAAUGCAGCCAGCAGUUCAGCUCCUUGGAGGAAGCCCUGGUCCAUCAGCAGAGCCACAUGUGCCCCCAAGAGCAACAGUACGAAGUGGUGGGGUUGGCGGAGGCCGGGCUGGUGGCCGGGGCUGAGGCGGGGCUCUAUCAGACUGUGACCGUGCAGGAAAGCCAGUACCAGUGCUUGGAGUGUGGGCAGAUCCUCUUGUCUCCGGGGCAGUUGUUGGAACACCAAGAGAUGCACCUUAAGAUGGUCACCCAGGAGCCGGAGCCUGUGGUGAAACCGAUCAGUUCCAGCCAGAUCCACUACGAGUGCAUCGAAUGCAAAGCCCUGUUCACCAGCCAAGACGUGUGGCUCGCCCACCGGCAGACUCACCGCAAGCCUCCUGAGCCCCCAGCUCCUCCCCCUCCUCCGCCUCAGAACCGGGCCCUGGUAAACCUGGAGCACUCGUACCGUAAGCCCGAAGAUGGGGUGGAUUCCAGUGGCACUGUGCAGCUGCUGCUGUACGAGUGUAGCGAGUGUUUCCAGCUGUUCCAGUCGACCACAGACUUCUUGGAGCAUCAGGCCACCCACCAAGUCAUCGCGCCGUCCCUCGUGUCGCGCGUCAGGGAGCAGCCUGCCAUCUGCCCUGUGGAGAUGAAGGAAUUGCCGCCGCCACCGCCUUUGAGCUUGGUGGGGGUACACAACGGGGCUGUGCCCCCAUCGGCCCCAACUAGCAUCACGGCCACUGACCACAGCUACGAGCUGAAAAACAACCCCGUGGAACAGCCGCCCUGUAAAGCUGAGCAGCCGCCCCGUAAAGCCAAGCCGCCGGCCAAGGAGCACGGGUGCACCGAGUGCGAGCAAGUCUUCCCCUCUGCUCACAAGCUCCAGCUACACAUGAGGAGCCAUCGGCAGGGUGCCUUCAAAUGUCCGCUAUGCAGCAAGGUGCUGCCAUCUCCGGGGGCGCUCGAGAAGCACCGGGAAGAACACAGCGGGGAAUCGCGCUUCCUGUGCGUGGACUGCGGCCUGGGUUUCGGAACCGAGGCCGUGCUGUUGUCCCACCGGCGCACGCACUCGUCCAACCCUCUCUACCGCUGCACUUGCGGGCAGACUUUCAUCAACAUGACCAAGUUCCUUUACCAUCGACGCUCCCACAGCACCAAUUCGACACAGUCCCACGAGUUGCCUGAAUCCCCCCUGGAGGACCAGCCUUUGGAGGAGGAGACACCUGAGGUCCCCCAACCCAUCGAGGAGCAGCAAGAGGUGGUCCCUCUGGCCAUCAUCUGCUCAGUGGACAACGCCGCUGCCACCCUGGUCGACGGCAUCACCGUGGAGCAAAAAAAGGAGGAGUUCCAGUGCCAGCUGUGCACCAGCACCUUCCCCAAGCCGGCGCAGCUGUCGCGCCACCAGCGCUUCGCCCACAAGAUGGAGCGCCGCCACAAGUGUCUGACCUGCGGCAAGAUGUUCAAAAAGAAGUCCCACAUGCGGAACCAUCUCCUGACCCACACGGGGGAGAGGCCGUACCACUGCAAGGAGUGCGGCAAGAGCUUCAACUCCCCGGCCAACUUGCAGCGCCACCGCCUGACCCACACCGGCGAGCGGCCGUACCGCUGCGACAUCUGCAACAAAUGCUUCACGCAGUCCUCCACGUUGCAGCAGCAUCUCCUGGUGCACAGUCGCCAUUACCCCUACAAAUGCCAGGAGUGCGGCAGCGUCUUCCACCGGCCCUACCGUUUGCUCAUGCACCGUUACCACCACACCGGGGAAUACCCCUACAAGUGCCAGACCUGCGGGCGUUCCUUCUUGCUUCGCCGCCUGCUGGAGGUCCACCAGCUGAGCCACACGGGCCAGCAGCCCCAUCGCUGCACGUCCGGCUGUGGGGCUGCCUUCGUCACCGCCGAGCAGCUGAAGGAGCACAAGUGCGGUAAGAUGAGCCGCCACUUCGAGUGCUCUGUCUGUGGGAAGAAGGUCGGCUCCACCGCGCAGCUGAGAGCCCACGAGCGCCUGCACGGGGACAUCCAAACUCCAGAAGGAGCGGAAGAGGAACCCCUCAUGCACGAACCGCCUCCACCCCGGCCUCGUCGCCCGACCUGCCCCAAGACGUUCGAGUGUGGCGACUGCUUCAAAAUGUUCAGCACGGAGACGUCCCUUCAGGUUCACCGCCGUAUCCAUACCGGCGAGCGCCCGUAUCCUUGCCCGGAUUGCGGGAAAGCCUUCCGGCAGUCUACACACCUCAAAGAUCACCGACGCCUGCACACGGGGGAGAAGCCCUUCAAAUGCAACGAUUGCGGGAAGGCGUUCACCAUCGCCGUGCGGUUGGCUGAGCACAAGCGCAUACACACCGGGGAGCGCCCGUACCACUGCGACGCUUGCGGCAAGGCCUACCGCUCUUUCUCCAACCUCUGGAAGCACCGCAAAAUGCACCAGCAGCAGCGCCUGCAGCACGAGCAAGAGGCCAUGGCAGAGGCUGUGGCUGCCGCCGCCGCGGCUGCUGCCGCCGCCGCAGCAACAUCGUCGACGUCAACUAACGAGCAGGUCUACGGAAACACUGUUACCAUUAUGGAGACCAUCCCAGUGGUGGAGACCAUCGAAAUCUAUCCAUCCGAGGGAGGCGUUCACUUUGAGAACAUCCAGGUGGAGAAUGUCCAGAUUGGUGGGGUUUGAGUUGGGCUGGGGGGGGGGGAGUAAGGAGGGGCAGCCGAUCAACCUCUGUGGACUGGGAGCUGCUGUUCUCUGGCUCUCCCUUAUGGGGCUCCAGUGUAGCUACAACGACUUAUCCCCUCUAACCGGUCCUUCCCCAGCUUUUACCUGCACCCUCCCCCAUCCUGUCAGCAUCCUGGCUGUUUCUGGAAUGUGGGCUGCAUUGUCCUUCCUUCCACAGAGAUGGACUGGGUGCCUUUCUCUCCCUUCCAGCCCUCCUUCAAGGGCUCGGGCCCUCCAUAACACGGUGGUCGCUACUCCUUCACUCCCUGCCAUUGAGCAGGUCUCUCCCUGUUCAGCUGUAAGAAAUAUGGCUUUUAUUUUAUGACUUGGGUAAUCCCAUGAACUCCCCGUAGCAGCCUUCUCUGGGGCUGAUCCCUAUUAUAUUUUCGUUUGUUUGUCUAAUAGAGAGCUCCAGGGAGCCAGCUCCCCCGCCACAGUACAGUCUGGAUUGUAAAUACCUCUUGACUGAAUUUCUCCCUUGCGGGAAUCUCUCCCUGUUUGCCCAUUGGUCCCCCAUCCCUCAGGCAUCCUCCCAUGGCCCGUAACAGCAUCCUUUAUUUGGUUUCUCGCUAACUGGAUUCCUUCCUACGGCUGUGGAGGGCUUUUUUUUUUCCUUUGGUUGUUCUUUCAUAUUAAAAUUAAAACAGAAAUCGGAGUGCUCGUGA